AACCCUAGCCCUCAUUUUAUUCUCAAGCAGUUAACUCGCGGCGGGAGAGAGAGCGCAGAGAGGAACGAAAAUGGUGUCGGGAUCUGGGAUCUGCGCUAAAGUUAUCGUGGUAGAUGCAAGGAAUCACAUGCUCGGUCGAUUGGCGUCGAUCGUGGCCAAGGAGUUGCUGAAUGGCCAGAAGGUGGUGAUUGUCAGGUGCGAGGAAAUUUGCAUGUCCGGUGGACUUGUAAGGCAGAAGAUGAAGUACUUGCGGUUUCUCCGCAAACGUAUGAAUACCAAGCCCUCUCAUGGCCCCAUUCACUUCCGCGCGCCUUCCAAGAUCCUCUGGCGCACCAUCCGCGGAAUGAUUCCCCACAAGACUAAGCGUGGAGAGGCUGCACUUGCCCGAUUGAAGGCCUAUGAGGGUGUCCCUCCACCAUAUGACAGGAUUAAGAAGAUGGUCAUUCCUGAUGCUCUGAAAGUAUUGAGGCUUCAGAAGGGUCACAAGUACUGUUUGUUGGGCCGGCUAUCGUCUGAGGUCGGAUGGAACCAUUAUGACACCAUCAGGGAGUUGGAGAACAAGAGAAAGGAGAGGGCGAAGGUUGCAUAUGAGAGGAAGAAGCAGCUGAACAAACUUAGGGUGAAGGCUGAGAAGGCUGCAGAGGAAAAGCUUGGUCCCCAACUGGAGAUACUUGCCCCUGUCAAGUAUUGAAGUCUUUUUUGCUCUUCAUAUUAGACUUGUACCUUUUUUUUUUCCUUCUUUUUUUGCCCAAAUGGAGGUUGCUUGCUGGUGGUAUUUUGGAUUGGGUCUGUUGAUUGUUUUGGGUGCCAUAGACUGCCUUUUCUUCCCAAAUUUCUUUGAGAAACUCCCACAAGGGUUGGAUAUCUUUGAUCAAGUUAUUUUGUUUGAAUUUACGUUUGUUUAUGUUACUGUGGCA